AUGCUGAGCAUUUUUAAUCGUAACAUGGAAAAGUCAGCAGAAAGCAUUGGGCUGAAAUCGAAUUCAAACAACAUGAUCAGACAAAGUGUUCCGGGGAUUAAGAAAUACCAGGUAACUUUGAACAAAAUCUCGAGAGUAAAAUUUUGCUCUUCGAGUAUGACAAGAAAGUACGUGACACAAACGGGUGCUAGGCAGACUGUUGUCAUAAUGAGUAAAAACAAUGUCCCCACGCAAAUAAAUGAAUUUAAGACUCCGAGUUCAGAUUCACACUUGAAAUCGCUUUCAAGUCAUGAGCUAUUUUCGCUCGGAGUUAUAGGCUUUGCGACUUUGAACAAGUCGAUGUUGGACCUGGUCAUUAAGGUCUUCCCCUUUGUACCAAUAUGGCUGAUGAAGCUCACGGUGUCGUCGCUCUACUGCGGUGGAGACAACUUCGAACAAGUGCGCGAAACCGGAAGAAGACUGCAGGAGCGAGGAAUCAAUAACAUGAUGCUCUCGCUGACGAUUGAGGAUGCAGAGGGCGUCAAAAACAUUGACAUCGACCAUAUUGUACACGAGACAAAGCGUUCCUUGAAAGAGAUCCUUAAACCCAAUUUAGAAGAGUUACUGGCUAAAACCACAGACGUCAAUUCCAUACCGCCUGGUUACAUUGCUCUGAAGCCAUCGGCACUAGUGUCGAACCCGCACGAAGUGCUUUUAAACUUUAACGACCCUGCCUGGAACGAACAGAGAAGCAAGCUGAUCGAAAACUGCGCUGCCAUCACCGAAGAGGCUUUCAAUCUGAACCAAGAGCUAGCUAAAAAGUAUCCCGCGAGGAAAACUCCUUUUUUUGUCGCAACCAUCGAUGCUGAGAAAUACGAACUGCAGAAGGCUGGUGUUUAUGAGCUUCAAAGAUUAUUGUUUGAAAGGUUCAACCCCAAGUCGGCGCCAUUUGUUUCCUGUAUAGGGACAUGGCAGCUUUACCUGACGGAUUCAGCAGCAGAUUUGGCCAAGGACUUAAAACUCGCUGAAGCGGGUGGCUACAAACUUGGUCUUAAGCUCGUGCGUGGCGCCUAUAUACACUCUGAACCUAAGAGAGACAUAAUCAUAUUCCCUGACCAAAAAGGUACCGACGACAACUACAACACUGUUAUGAAGCAAGUUAUUGAAGAUUUACUCGAAAAAGGCGAGAAUUCAACUUAUGGCCAUCUAGUCGUCGCGUCGCAUAACUACGCAUCUCAAAUGAUGGCUACCAAACUUCUGGAAGGUCAGGAUAACAAGAUUGGAAAGUCAAAUAUCAUCCUAGGGCAACUGCUGGGGAUGUCCGACAAUGUGACGUACGACCUAAUAAAUAACCAUGGCGCAAAGAACAUUAUAAAAUACGUUCCAUGGGGACCACCAAAGGAGACAAAAGAUUACCUUUUGAGAAGACUACAAGAAAACGGAGAUGCUGUUAGGGCUGAUAACGGCUGGCCACUUGUUAAAGCUGUAGCAAGAGCAUUUGUAGGGAACUGA